AUGAGGACUUUAGCCGUUGAGUAUUGGGACCGAACAGACGAAUGCCUUGAGCGUAAAUGGGCUCAUAUGGACAUGGUGGACCGAAUGUUCAUUUCGAGAGAAGAGCUUAUUCUCGCUACGACCCUGCAUCACGAGGAGACUGUUCUAGAGCCUAAUAUGUUUCCAUACGAUACUCCGAAAGGAAUCAGCCAUUGGACGUUAUGGAGUCGUCAUGAAAUGAACCACACAGAGAUCGAGGAGUUUGUGUGCAACUGGAUAAGAGAGAAUGCUCCUCAAGUGGAAAGAUGGAACUACGACGAGAACUUGUCGCGCUCGAUCGAUAUCUUUCACGUGCAUGUGUACUUGAAAGAAAAGGAGACGAGAUGA